AUGUCUUUAACCCCAAAUCAGAAUAUCUCACUGACGGACGCACUGUCCUUUUUUCCCAAGUUUGAAGGGAACCCUAGCGAGCUCAUCGACUUCCUGAAUUGUUGUAAGGAAGCUAAAUCUGUCCUGCCAGAGGCAGCUGAGGGAAACCUCACGAAGCUCAUAUACGGGUCGAAACUUGGAGCCAAGGUUAAAACUUCUUUAAACAUUGCUGUCCCAGUGACGAUUGCAGGUUUAACGUCGGAGCUGAAGAAGAUCUACGUUCCAAACAAAACGCUUUUCCAACUCCAGGGUGAACUGGGACGAAUGUAUCAAAAGGACACCGAAUCCGUAGUGGAAUUUGUAAACAGACUACGGAAGAAGGGACGCGAGAUCAUGGAUGGUGAAAAAUUCCCUUUUCGCCAAGCCAAUCGGGUAGAGAAUGGGGUGAUGUAUAUUCCACCCCGAAGCGAGUCCACCUUUUUCAUAGAGGUUCAGAAUCCAGAGGUUCGGGAAGGGUUCAUCCCUAAAUUACGAAUUUGUAAGGGUGUAUUUGCCGGUAAUUGUUUAGUGAGAAUAAACAACAUGAACCGCGCAUACCUGCAAAUUUAUAACACAACUGAAGAGGAGGUAGCUGUAAAAAUCCCGAACCUAGCGGUUCGCGAAAUCGAACAAGUAAUGACGCUGGAUUUGUCUUCAAAGAAUCCCUACAAUCGGUUAAGCAUUACCAAACCCAUCUUCAAUAAUAAUCAAAAUAUUCCCGAUUUUGACAGAUUCGAAAGA